AUGAGUAUGCAGAUUGAAAUAAAGGAUGGAAGGAGUGAUAACUCUCCUCUGCCCGAAAGAAAACUAGUUACGUUAAUUCAAGAAAGUUAUGAUAGUUUAAAAGAUGACAAUGAAAUCAAUUUAUCGACCGAAUCAACUUCCAACCUUCUUAUAAAACUGGUCCUAGAAAAACUUGAAAAGCACUCUUCUUUGUAUAAAUAUAUUGCCUCGGUAACGACGUUGAACAUUGAAGGACUCAACGAAGAAAACGCUAAUUUCUCAUUGAAGAACGAUAUAGGCGCAUCCUGGGAAUCUAAAAAAGAUGGUAUAUUCAACUAUAAACUAGAAGACAAAAAUAAUAAUGAGUGCUAUUUAAUUACAAUUCUUUGGCUUCACAAGUAG